UUUUACCUAAAACAUAAACAAAAACGGUGGAUUUAUUUGCGGCUGCUGAUUAUUUUGUGGAAUUUUCCUGCUAAAACUCAACUACGGAAACCUAAAACGAUGCCACCCAAACUGAAAUUUACUGAAGGCGAGCGAGUUCUCUGCUUCCAUGGACCUCUGAUCUACGAAGCCAAAAUGUUGAAAAGUACGGUCACCAAGGACAAGCAGGUGAAAUAUUUUGUCCACUACGCCGGCUGGAACAAGAACUGGGACGAAUGGGUCCUGGAGAAUCGAGUGCUUAAAUACAACGAAGCGAAUGUUCAGCGCCAGAAGGAGGUGAGCAAAUUGCACUCAUCCCUGGGUGCCAAAAACAAGAAAGUGAAUCCCAAGGUUAAAAAAACGGAUUCCACGGGUUCCAGCAAGGAUGGCGGUGAUUCACGUGCUUCGACUCCUUCGAAGGAACUGACCGGCAAGGAGAAGGAACCUUCUAGCUCUGGUCCAGCUGGGUCUGGCAGCGCAACUCCUGGUACUGUUACACCCACAACUUCCGGUUCCAGUGUGGCUUCAACCAGUAUAACUAGCAGUCGUAGUCGAUCGUCGACGAAGGGCGCUGCAACGGCCAGCUCGACACCUUCCACCUCCGGAACAGCAGUUGCAAAAGAAAAAUCUGAAGAGAAGGAGACACCAGUUGAAAAACGGAAAUCUGAAGAUACCGACAGCUCAUAUUCAGUUAAGAAGAAGCGUGGCCGCAGCGACACCACUUCUUCCAACGUAGAAUCUGAGGAACAGUUUCUUUCGAAGGUGGAAAUCAAAGUAAAGAUUCCCGAUGAACUAAAACCCUGGUUGGUUGACGAUUGGGAUGCCAUUUCUCGACAGAACAAAUUGGUCGAACUCCCGGCUAAAACUACCGUUCAAGAAAUCGUCGACUCUUACGUACAGUACAAAAAAUCCAGCAAAGCCUCCACGGCCACAAAAGAAACCGCCGUUCAAGAUAUAGCGAACGGAAUAAUCGAAUAUUUCAACGUUAUGCUGGGUUCGCAACUGCUCUACAAGUUUGAACGACCCCAGUACGCCGAAAUGAUUCAAACGAACCCCGGAGUCCCGAUGGCGAAAAUCUACGGCUCUUUCCACCUCCUUCGACUGUUCGUCAAACUCGGCUCCAUGCUAGCGUUCACGGCACUCGACGAAAAAAGCGUGCAAUCGUUGAUCGGUCACGUGCAGGACUUCCUAAAGUUCCUGGUCAAAAACAGCUCCACCUAUUUCAACAUGCAGCAGUACGUGAACACCAGUCCCGAGUACCAUCGGAAGGCUCAAUGAUUUUCGCUGUAUUUGCUUCUCAAACUAGCCACCGCCGGUAGCAGCGAGGAACCGCCGCGUUGAUUUGCUCCACACACUGAUAGCAAGCCAGCUUGCUGCUUCAUUUCUAAACGUACAUUUUACCUGCAAGAUUUAUUGACUUAUUAAGACUUGAAUAACUUAUCAUAAAAAUAGAAUGAUAAACAUUCUUACUUGGCCGGACAGGUUUUAUUUUGAAUUAAAAAUAUGCUUCGACCGGAGUAAUAAACUA